AUGGAUCUAGCCACAAAAAUCCAAUUCUUGACCCUCGACGUCAUCAGCAAGGUCGGGCUCGGCACGGCCUUUGGCAUGCUCCAAGCCGACCACGACAUCGACGACUAUCUCAAGUCCAGCGCCGAAGGUCUCACCGUUGGUAACACAGCCUUGGCCAUGGGGUUCAGCUGGCUCGCCCACUCGCCCGUCAUCGGGAAAUUCAUCGCCCCUUCGCCCAAGGACAACAACGGGUUUGGCAAGAUGAUGGCCACGUGUUUCCGGUACGUGGACCAGCGCGCCGCCAACCCGACAGACAAGCGGUCCGACAUGCUGGCGUCGUUUAUCCGACACGGCCUGUCUGGCGACGAGUUGAGGACCGAGGCUCUGGAGCAGAUCAUCGCAGGGUCCGACACCACGGCCACGGCUAUUCGGGCGACGCUGCUUCACAUCAUGACCAAUCCGCGCGUCUACGCCAGGCUGCAGCGUGAGAUUGACGAAGCCGUGCGUGACGGCCGGGCGCCCGCGCCUGGAGACCGUCUCAUAUCUGCCGCGCAGGCGAAGCAGCUUCCCUACCUGCAGGCUGUUGUGCGGGAGGCCCUCCGCGUUCACCCUCCCGUCACCAACAUCUUUUCUCGCGACGUCCCGGCGACCGGUGACAUGGUGACCAUUAGCAGCAGUGAUGGAACAAAGGCCUUCUUGCCUGGCGGCGUGUCUAUUGGCUACUCGGCAUACGCCAUGCACCGCGACAAGGAAAUCUACGGCGACGAUGCGGACGCUUUCCGGCCAGAGCGUUGGUUCGAGGCAGAUGAGGCUAAAUUACGCGUCAUGACGGCCACCAACGAGCUCAUUUUCGGACAUGGCAAGUUCCAAUGCCUCGGGAAGAGGGUCGCUCAGGUUGAAAUUGGAAAGUUGAUAUUCGAGGUUUCAGAAAGGACGGUUGCCUAA